GGCCAACGCAGCAUGUGUCUAUAUACACACCACCCUUCCAGAUGGAGAAAAAAAGAAGACGCCAGACAAAUCAGACGCCGCACUCACUCCUCCACCGUCUGACGGUCGCUGCCUCAACGACCACUCUCAAGAAAGGAGAAACCGCCAACCAGCAGCGCAACAGACCCCUCACAGCCUCCAAGACACGGAAAAAGAAAAACGCCCCAGCAAUCAAUCAACCAAUCCUCACUCACUCCAUUGCCGCCCACAUCAUCGCCGACCCCACGUCAGUGUAUGACAGCAUGUCAUAACCAGACACGCGAGACCAUCUCCUGCUCGCUGUCUCGACAGCACACCACCCCUCCAGCUCCGCCAGCCGCCUCACCGCAGCAGCACGCACACCUCGCGGCUCCACGGCGAAGAGCACCUCGUUGGGCGCCGUGUGGCUGACCCACUGCCGUGCUCGUGACAGGAUGCCGCUGCUGCCUUUGCUGGUGUGGCGGUUGCGUGGUCGCGAUGGGGAUGGAGGAGGGGAGGGAGGGGGUGAGGAGGCGGCAGACGGGGAAGGGGUGUCGUGAGCGGUCGACGCUGAGGCUGCUGGCUCGGGAGGCGCCUCGUUGAUCUCGGUGCCGAACAGCGACGUCAGAUGCUGCCAUGCCAGAGGGCAAGAAAGUGGACGAGUGUGGGUGGGUCUGUGGGAGUCGGCAUGUCGUACCUCGUCGACUUUCUUAUAGGCCGCGCUGUACAGGAGCUUCUCAAAGAGACGCAACUCGGUCCGGUCGCCCCUGCAACACACAGCAUUGCGCAGGCCCCACCAUUCAUCACCAUGCCAACACACAUCACUCAUGGUGCUGAUCCAUUCUCACCUCAAUCGCUUCAUGACCCUCCUCUUCGUCAGCUCCGCAGGCUCGUCAGUCUCCUCAUACGCCGACAGGUCGUCACUCGUGUCGGCCAGCGACCUCCCCGCGCCCUCCCUGACCUUCUGCCAGUCCAUUGCCGCUCUCGUUCUCUGCCAGCUGAAGGGGUAGCUCAGGGCAUCCGUGCCGUGCUGGACGACAGACGCGAUGUCGGUCUGCAUGAGGGUGAGGAGGUCCACUCUUGGGCUGUGUGGGUCUGAGCUGUGCGUGUCGCUGUACGCCUUCCAGUGGAUCCACUUGCAGAGCAUUGACUCCAGCUGCCCUCGAGUCAGCGCCCACACAUACAUACUCAGUCCGCCGCCGAGGUCAAUCCACGUGUGCCGGUACAGGUGCUCCAGCUUCCGUUUGCGCUUCUCGUACAUGUCCCGCAGCUCAGCGGGCGUGACGUCCUCCAGCUGAGUCGGUAUCUCCCAGCUCUGCUGCAUGACCAAGUCCGGUUCUUGUUGUCGCGGCUGAGUCUCGUCGGGCAGCCACUCCAUGCCCUCUGCCAGCUCCCAGGGCUUGUUGUCGCUGAGAAUCUCGAGCAGAUGGGCUCGAUUGUGCCGUCUUGCACGCCGCACCCACGACAGGGAGGGCGGAGCCUCGAUGAGAGAUUCCGUUGCAGAGCGACGACGCAUGUUGACCAAACGCGGCUCUGCCAGCAGGUUGUUGACGUGAGGGAAAGGCGUCACCGCCG